AUUUGCCAUCAAAUGAACACUUGUGAAAAAUCUAUCUAUACAGAUGCAUACUACCCUUUCCCCAAUGGUGCCAUCUACCUUCUCGACAGCUUUACCCGAAUGUAUAUUGAAGUCGUAAACAUAUCCGGUUUUGGAAUCGCAUCUUUGCCACAGCUUGAUUCCCCUUUUUAUCAGUUUCAUGGGAAGAUACUGUUUUAG